UUGCAGUCAGUCGCUGAUGCUUGGGCUCAGAGGCAGCGAUUUGGGCUGAGACUUCAGUCCUGCCUGGGACCUUCAUGCUAGCAUGGCCCUACAGUUGGUGGCUCUGAGGAUUCUCUUGGUCCUUGUACCUCUGCUGGCAGUGCAGGGCCAGGAAGAACCUCAUCCCAAUGUCGAAGGAAUGCCCAGGAAACCAGAAUCAUGCCAAAGGCCCCGGUGGGACUCAAGGCUUCGGCUGGAACCAGACCAGAGCAAUUACGUGAAGAACAAAGAAGUGAUGCUGAGCUGUCCUGAGGGUUUGCAGCCGUCCUUCACCCAUGUCAAAUGUUUGAGGGAAGUCCAGUCCAUCAGUUCGGGGAAACCUGAAUACAGAGAAGUUUGGCUUGGAAAGGACAGCAGAGGCCAAUGGAACCGCAUUCAGUCUAGAGUGGAGUGCAUUGGUAAGGGAGGCAUCAGGAGCUCUCCUGGCUGCCCUGCUCUACCUGUCCUGUAUGGUGUCCUGGAGCUCCAUCUCUCACUUUGCUGUCAGGGAAGAGGAACCUCUGUGCUGGGUCUGUGCGGAGGGAAUGAUGGGGAUGAUGAAGUCUGGCUGCAGGGCUGGGAGGGGAAGGGAAGGCAGCGACCCUCUCGCAAUGUCUCCUCCACAGAGGUGCUCCAGGUUGACCCCGGGACCCUGGAGGUUUCCAGCACCAGCAUCCAAGUGAACUGGACCUGCCGGGUCCCUGAGGCGUGCUCGCGCAUGCGGGCCACGUGCCGGCUGGCAGGGCCUUCCUCCCCUCCGUGUGAGGCUGAGGAGGUGCCGGGAGAGGAGAUGCUCCAUGGCCAGGAGGGGACAUUCUCCUGUCCCGCUCUGCAGCCCUUCACUGAAUACAGUGUCACCAUCUCCCUGCCGCCCAGCACCAUCCUGUUCACAUGGCUGGUCAGGACCAAGGAAACAGUGCCGGACAAGCCGGAGCAGCUGUGGCUGGAUCCCAGCACGGGGUCCCUCAGCUGGGAGCCGCUGCCCUCCUGCAAAGGGGAGAUCAUUGGAUACCAGCUGAACAUCACGGCCAGGAGCGCGCAGGACAGCGGCUUGCUGGAGCUGGAGCUGGAGCGGCUGCGGCUGAGCAGCUCCGUCACCGCGCACCCGCUGCCCGCGCACGGCCCCGGCAGCAGCUACGUGGUGACCGUGCAGGGACUCACGGCCGCCGGGGCCGGGGCUGCGGCGCUCUGGGAGUUCCGGACCAACCGCUCGGACGCCCCACAGCCCCUGGACAUGAGCUGCCGCACUGCCCGUGACAUCUCCUCAUCCCAAGGGACGGCCGUGCUCCCCCUGCACCCCAUCGCCUGGCACCCCGAGCUGCCAACGGAGCACCAACUGCUCGUGGCUGUGAUGCACAACAGCACGACGGUGGAAGGCGUCUGCUCCGGGGAGCCGCAGCCCUUCAACGCCAGCCAGCAGCCCGGUGCCUAUGUGGCCGCCGUGCUCAACCUCAGCACCCCGAUGGACUUUGUGCUGGGCGACGGGACCCGCGGGCAGGGUUACCACAACGCUGCCCUCCGGCCGGGCUGCAACUACACGGCCCUUCUCCGCGUCGUGCGCCGCUCGCAGCAGGCAGAGAAGUUCACCUGCAUCUGCUACAGCUUUUCUGUUGGUGCAGAGCAGCCUCCAGGCCUGUGGCUUUGGGCUGUGAUUGGGGUGUUUGUGCUGUUGGGUAUCCUCCUGGUGUUUGCAGGGAUCCGGUGGCUUGUGCUUUCCAGGAAAAGGAAGUUUCUGCCUGGAAAAGCUAAGCAGGAUAAUUAGAAAGGAAGGAGGAACACGUUUCCCAGUUCCUGACUCACACAGGCUCAGGCUGAGGGAUGGUCCAUGCUCCUGCCAUCUCCUGGGUUCCCAACCCCUCUCCCUGCUCUGUCUGCUAAUAUUCAGCCAAACCCAGGGCUCUGCUGGACCUUGGCCUCAUUGGGCUGCCUUCAUGACUCUGCCUGCUCUGUCUGGACAACCAAUAAAGAACUGUGGUUUGAAGGGGGCUGCCUGCCCCACUA